AUGAAUCUAAACAGGUUAUCUGUUCUAGUAAUAAUCUUCUUAAUUACCACUAUUUCCGUAACGCAUUCAUUUCCGAGUGGAAAAUGUGAAAGGGAUAAUGAUGCGUGUGCUAAUAUCAAGCAGUCCUACUUGGCAACACAUUAUAUUAAUUAUGCUGAUGUAAAAAACUGUUAUGAAUCUUUUCCUUAUAAUUCUACUAGAUCAUCUGAACUCAUAGAUAUACUUAAAAAACUCUAUGGAAAUUUCUAUGUGUAUUUGAAUCAAGCUAAGGAGCCACCCCAGCCUGGUUUUGACUAUAAACCCGUCGAUUUGCUAAAGGAAUUUGAUCUCUUGCUUGAAAAAGAUCAUCAAUCAGAUUUUGAAUUUAUGGUUGUUGUUUUAUUAUGCUCACGUUUCUUUUAUCCAAAUUGUUAUUCCAUAUUUCAAUUUGACCAAGAAAUUUAUUUAUACUCGGCCGUAAAACCUGACGGAACUCAGAAAGAUUCGUCCUUAGUAGAUUGUGAAGUCACUCACAUUAACGGAGAACUCGUAUUCGAUGUAUUAGUUGAAUAUGCUAAAACCAAAAGCAGUGUAUCGCGUGAUCUCGGUGUUAGAUUUAAUAGUGUCUUAAGCUCUUCCAUUUAUCAUGGUGAAUUUGCUUUUCGUACAAAGUUACCUGAAAAUGAAACCAUUUCUUAUGACUUCUUAUGUUCAGGACAAAAUCACAUCUUGACAUCCCUUGGAAUGUUACCAUUACAAAUAGUUCCCUAUUUAACCAAUUUAAUGAUGCGAAUAGCUGUCGCCGCAGAAUCUUUGCUAAAAGUGGAAUCUGUCGCAGAUUUUUAUAAGUUAGAUGAAAUCGGUAUUGUGCAAGUUUAUUCAUUUGGUGUUCCAGGAGUAACAACCGAAAAAGACAUUCCAAACAUUUACAAGAGUUUUGUUGAUGGAUUUAAUUUAUUGAUUCAAGCUAAUGUUAAAAAGAUUGUCCUUGAUUUCACUGAUAACGCGGGAGGAAUCGUAGAUAUCUCUUCAUUUCUUAAUAUUCUUUUACUCAACUUAAAUUAUCAAGAUGUUUACACACUUCCGGAUGACAUGAGAGUAUCCAAAAUUGCAGAGUUUGCAUUCAACAGAAGUACUACCGAGAAUUUAGUAAAUGACUUGAUUUUUAAUGCUCGACUUAAAAGAGAUAUCGUCACAAAGCAAUUUUUUAACACAUCGGAGGAAUUUAUUGGCACAAAUUAUUAUAAUCGUGAGGGCGAUGAAGUUAGAUUUACGAAUAAUUACAUGAACAAACUCACUCGUUAUGCCACGGAAAGUUCGAAAAAUAUUACAAAGUUACCAUGGAAACCAAGUGAUAUGAUUAUUUUAACAAACGGGUUCUGUGGAUCAUCCUGCGCUCUAACCACGAAUUUUCUGUACGAGAUAGGUCAGAUUUCUACUGUAGCAGUAGGAGGUUUUUAUGAUAAACCGCUUUCGUUUGCUUUAUUUGCUUCUGGAGGUGUCAUACCGACCAAUGAACUCAUUGCAAAUUUGCAAAAUUUAGGAUUUAAAAGAAGCACAGAUCCUAGUUUUUAUAACAUUAAAGUUUCCUUCGCACAAUUUACUCACGUGGAAACGUAUAGUAUAAUCAAUCCUAAUGAGAUAUUAGAAUUCACGUUUAGACCUGCAAAUCACAGAUUAUAUUAUGACAAGGAUAACCUUAGAAAUAUCACUUUAUUAUGGCGCCAAGCUGCCUCUUUUAUUGAAAGUUCUUAA